UUAACAAAGGAUGGAAAAUGUUUAAGCAUCAAAUGAAAGUAAUUGGAAAGAGUGUCAAAUAAGAUUUCUUACAAAUAUCCUUCUAAACUAUGCAACUUUCCCUUUUCUCUCAGGUCACAAGACUGCAUACCAGGUCAAAUUAACACAGAUUGACAGCUUUAAAACUGAUUUAAUGAAGUCAAGGAGAACUAGACCUGAUAUUAUCAUAAUGCCAAAGGAAUCAGAGGAGGAAUUAUUAACAUCACAUGUGCGCCAGAGCAAUGAAGAAGUUAAUGAAAUGAUGUCGAAGAUUCUGGGAGAUUUGGAACCAACAGAAUUAAUACCUAGGAAACAGUUACCUUUGAAGAAUCUUCAGGAGAUUAUUACUCAGAAAAAGCAAAAUACUUAUGUAGAUGCUGAUGAUUCACAGAAGAUUAGGUGGGCUUCUGAAAAAAGGAGAAGAGUAUCUUUGGAAAAAAGGAGGAAAAGAUUUAUUUUAGCAAAGUCAAUACUAAGGGCCACAAGAAAUGACAGCUGGAUUUCCAGAAAAUACAAUAAAACACAAAUAUGUAUGAUAGAAAACAAACAGACCAGUAAAGGCAAACUGCAGGAACAAGAUAGGAAUAUAAAGUUUAGAAUUCAGAAACAAACACCUAAAUAUGUCAGAGGAUUAUAUCCCUGGGCUGGAAAAGCCAAAAAACAACAAACAUUAAAAUAUACUAAAAAUAUUAAGAACAGAAAAGCUAACUGGAGAAAAAAGAACUCAACAAAUAAUGCCAAGAAGGAGCAAAUGUUAGUACUGAAGGAAAGAAGAAAAAGAGAAAUAUACAUACAGAAAAGAGUAAAGGUUUUUAAAAAUCCAGUAGUUCAUGAUAACUCAUCCAACUAUUUUACAGUUUAUGGUACACCAGUUACUGUUCAGAAUAAAUUAUCAAAAAGACUAAGGAGAAACCUAAUUGGUUUUAGAAGAAAUACAAGAGAAAGAUCUUUAAAUAAUUUCUUGCAGAAAUUUGGUGAUUUUCUUAAAUACCUUGCAAGACAUAGAACAGUUGGUAAUGAAAAAGUUACAGGAAUCGAUAUUAGUCUUAAAAUAAAAAAAAAACCAAAUAAGUUUCAUGUUCCCAUGGGAACACAAAAACCAAACUUGAAAAUUCUAAUAUUAUCAAAAAGUCAGUAG